AACUCGUUUAAACAGGUUAUUUGAUAAAACAUACCAGUCGUCAUCAUCAUCAUCAUCAUCAUAACAAACCUCCUCAUCCCCAUCACCACUAUCAUCAUCAUCAUAAUUGUUUUAACAGUUGCUUUUCCAUGCUUUCAUGGGUUAGAUAGAGUUCACCGUAGCAGAUUUUCUAUAGCUGGAUGCCUUUCCUGCCAUCAACCUUUGCCUGUUUCCAAGUAGAAACCAGUCUGUCAAUUCAUUGUUGUGGUCAGCAUCUUCUUUCUACUGGUUGCCUGGCACCAAUAUACUGCAAAUAAACAAUAUACAGUAACAACCUCAAGCAAACAUAAUCAAAAGUUAAUUGAUGAAACACGUCAAAAACAGAAGAAAAAUUUAAGUCUGAUGGAACAGAAAUUGCUUCAGUUAAACAACAAAACUAAAUAUGUUAUUUUUCGUUGUGUUGGUCGUAGUCUUUGUGGAGGUUGGGGAGAUAGGCAGCAUGGAAUAAUCUCUGUAUAUUUAAUGGCACUGACCAUGGGUCGGCGCUUUGGAAUUAUUAUUUCAAGACCUUGCGAUAUUUCUAAAUAUCUUCAACCAAACAAAGUUAACUGGAAGAUUGACUCAAAAGAGUUGCAUGGCUUAAAAAGUCGUUACCUUAAUUUGGUUGAUGGGAAUAAGUACAUUUCCUCUUUACAAUCAGCAGACUUAGAAACACUUUACCCUGAAGAUGUCCUCUAUGUGAGUACAAACAGAAUCUUUUUUUAUGUCUUGAAAAAGAAUGCUCGAUACAAAGAACAAUUACUUUGGGCAUCACAAAAGUCAUAUGGAAAUAUAUUUGCUAAAGUGAUGAAUUUAUUGUUUCGCUUCAGUGAUCUUCUUCAGGCAAAAUUUGACAAAUUCUUUGAAGUCAAUAUUCCCAAAACAAAUAUGCAUCUGGUGUGUGCUCAGAUUCGAAUUGGAAAAAACCCCAGUGUGCCAGGAGAUAACCGAAGGAAUUCAAUGUCAGAUGUUCAGAAUGUGUGGAACUUCUUAAGUAAAUACAAUAACACCAGCAAGUACAAAAUAUUUGUGACCACAGACUCAAAGGAGGUGCAGGAUAUAGCUUCAAAAAAAUUUUCUUCUCAAUUCAUGUAUACCUCUGGGGAAAUAAUUCAUGUGGAUAGGCUCCGUAAAGGUGUGAAAGAUACAUGUGACGCUCUAAGGAAGAUUCUUAUGGACCAAUAUAUUUUGACUAAAUGUGAUACAUUGUUAGUGAGCAGAAGUGGUUUUGGUGAAAAUGCUUUGCUAAUGAGAGAAAAAGAAAAUAACAUUUUUCAUUUUAAAAAUGGAAAAGUAACACGUAUCAACAUAGAAAAAUUUUUUCCUGGCUGGGAAAAAACUUGGUUGUGAACUAGGGGCUUUUGACACACAGAAUCUAAAAAUGACAUCCAUUUAUUAUCACUAUGUCAAGAUUUUAAGGUACUGGAUCCAUAGAAUUUCAUUGUUUUUUCAAUAAAACAGCUUUUGAGGAGCAAGGCAUAACAUACAACCAUAUGUAGAAAUUGGUUUUCCUUCAAAACCAGAAUGUUUUCUUAAAAUUUUCCAAUAGAACUAGUAAAAGUUUUAAAAUUUUUACUGACAAAUUAUAUCAUUGCUUGUGCCUAAUUUCCCAUGAAUGUCUAUUUGGAUGAUUUUCUUGAGUGAUGAACCUCAGGGAGAUCAUGAGCAAAGUUAUAGUAAUACUUCACCAUCAUUCAUAAGUCGCAUUUGCCUUGAUACCUUUGUUUUUAUGUCCUGCUGGAAAUGUUCUCUCUGCUCAUCACUUGCAUCACCAAGAUUUUCAAGGAAUUUAUUGUGGUAACCAUGGAGAUAGUGCUUUAUGCUCAUAUUUGCUCCUAACUUUUGAAAGUUGUCCAGCAUGUUGCUGACAAUUUUGGCAUAGCUGACUGCUUUCUUGUUGUCCAGAAAGCCAUUUACAACUAUUACAAAUAAAUUUCAUGCUGCUGCUUCAAAGCAAUUCAUUGAAUUUAUCAAGUUCUCAUUUUUAAUCAAUUUUCUGAUGUGAGGCCCAUCAAAUAUUCCAGCAUUUAUCUUAUCACUGCUCAGCCUGGGAAAUGUGCUGCAAACAAACUGCUCCAUAAUGCCAAGGUUGAGAUGGAGUGGAGGUAGGAUGUUUUUCUCCAGUUGAAUUAAAAAGCUCUUCAACCACAUUAAAAGACCCUGGAACUAAUAUUUGCUAUGGCCAUUCUUUGAUCAUCCAAUGUUUUUCCUUGGCUGUAAAUUUCAGACUAAAUUUCCACAGAUAAAUAAUGCAUUUUUCUGAAAAAUGAGGAAAUUGCAAAAUUUGUUGGGGUUGGGUGUCUUGAAAUCUAGAUAUGAUAGUAAAAAAUGGAUUCCAUUUUUAGAUUCAACAUUUCAAAAACCUUCAAACCAAGUUAAAAUGUCCUGACAACAAAAUACCUGUUGGAUUGUGUAAUUAGACUUGAUAAGUGAUUUCAAAUGUUUGUCUUGCUCACCUUCAUCACAAAGCAUUAGUUGUCCCAGGGAUUUAGUAGAAGAUAACUGCUUUAACUGAUUGAACCAAAAGCUAUAUGACUGAGAAGUGGACUUCUUAACUACACAACCAUGCCUGCACUUGUUCAAGAGUAUUUGGUUCCAUGUUCUUUAGUCAAAUGCUACAAAUUCUGGCUUUGCUUCUUAUUCCUGUUUUAUUUAAAUAAGUACCUGUAAUAUAAUGAGGAUAAUUAAAAUGACUGUUAUUCCUGACCCUAUAAAAAUUAAACUUAUAUUAAGUCAGCAGAUAUAUCAUUACAGGGUGAUGAAUCUGUAGGAAAUGGCUGGGAGACCAAAAGUUUUAGCAGUUAACUAUUCAAAGUCUUCAAACAACAGAUUUCCCUUGCCUCAGUUCUGAAUUAAAACAUUUACACAGUAUUUUUCUCAAUUUCUUCUUAAUCCAUUUUAUUAUAAAGUCAGUCUUGUAAAUGGAGACAUCGAAUCUCAAGAAAGCUGCUGUUUGUUUAAUAGUUAAACCUGUUACAAAUUUCUACUUAUAUUUUUUUAUGUUUAUCUCGGGGUUAUGAAUAAAAGUAAAAUAAAUUUUGUU